CGUUCACAUUCAAAAACAAAUUUUAAAGCUUUAAACAUGGUAACAACACUGUUAUACUGCUGUGGUACAAAGCAGGACAAAAGAACACAAGAAAGCCACUUGGUGAGAUUGUGCCCUCUCCCCCACGUCCCGGCGGGGACGGGACUUCCUGCCUCCUUUCUUCGGUUCUCAGUUCGGUCCGCCAGCGGACGUAUAAAGCCCUGCGUCGGCCGCGUUGGUGACAAAGCGCUGCAUUGUCUCGUGUGUCGUUAUGUCUGGGCGCGGGAAGGGCGGGAAGGGUUUAGGUAAAGGCGGCGCAAAGCGCCAUCGCAAGGUGCUGCGGGACAACAUCCAGGGUAUCACCAAGCCUGCCAUCCGCCGCCUUGCCCGGCGCGGCGGAGUCAAACGCAUCUCUGGCCUCAUCUACGAGGAGACCCGUGGGGUGCUGAAGGUGUUCCUGGAGAACGUGAUCCGGGACGCCGUCACCUACACCGAGCAUGCCAAGCGCAAGACGGUCACAGCCAUGGAUGUGGUCUACGCCCUUAAGCGCCAGGGCCGCACCCUCUACGGAUUUGGUGGUUGAGUUGUCCUAAAUAUCCCAAAACCCAAAGGCCCUUUUCAGGGCCCCCUAGUUUUCCACCUGAGGAGCCGUUGCGCUGGUUUGUAAGU